CAGAUAUGUUCCUUCAUUUGAUGCCCACAACAUUUUGACAGAAAUGGUGUUGUACUUCUCCCAUUUUUCCAUGAGAAAAAUAAAGAAGGCACAAGAUAUUCAAAGGGGAACACCUGGAUAAAAAUGUCAAGGGGAAACCAGAGUCACAUCACAGAAUUCCUCCUUCUGGGACUGACCAGUGACCCCAAAUAUCAGGAGUGGCUCUUUGCCAGCUUUCUGGCCAUGUAUCUGGUCAACGUGGCUGGCAACUCAGUCAUCAUUGCAGCCAUCCGGGGGGACACCCGCCUCCACACCCCCAUGUACUUCUUCCUCUCCAAUCUGUCCCUGGUGGACAUCUGCUUUACAAAUGUCAUCGUGCCACGGAUGCUGGCAAACAUGCUGAACAAGACCAAGAAGAUCUCCUUUGCCCAGUGCCUCACACAGAUGUAUUUCUUUGUGACCUGUGCGAUCACUGACAGCUUCCUCCUGGCUGCCAUGGCUAUUGACCGCUACAUGGCCAUCUGUAACCCACUGCAUUACACCACGACCAUGAGCCCCCAGCGCUGUCUCUUGCUGGUGACAGUGUCCUGGGUGCUGUCCCACCUUCACUCACUCACCCACACGAUUCUCAUGGCCCGCCUCUCCUUCUGUGGGCCCAACGUCAUCCACCACUUCUUCUGUGACGUCCAGCCACUGCUGACGCUCUCCUGCUCUGACACCUCUGUCAAUGAGCUUUUGGCCUUCACAGAGGGCUCCUUGGUGAUCAUGAGUCCCUUCAUCUUGAUCAUUGUCUCUUACGUCCACAUCACCCGUGCCGUUCUGAGGGUCCCUUCUCGAGGAGGCAGGCACAAGGUCUUCUCCACCUGUGGGUCCCACCUCACAGUUGUGGCACUCUUCUAUGGGACUGCCAUCUCUGUGUACAUUCGCCCCUCAUCUACCUACUCAGUGACAAAGGACAGUGUGGUCACUGUUAUUUAUACUGUGGUAAUCCCCAUGUUGAACCCUUUUAUCUACAGUCUUAGGAACAAGGACAUGAAACAAGCCUUGAGAAAGCUGACUAGGAGAAAGGAAUAGAAUACUCAUAUUCUGCUACCUCUAGGAGUUUAAUAAUUGACUCAACAAUUAAAGGUUAAGCACCUACUACCUGCAGAUAUUACGUUGAAUUCUGUGAGGAAGGCAAAAUACAUCAAUCAUCUCUUCUGUCUCCAAAAGUAUUUACAGUCUAGUUAGAAGAAAGAAAAAGACUGUUAAAAGCUUACUGUAAUCAGAAUGUCAUACUUUUUCAUAUUAUCAACCUUAAUAAAUUAUAAAAUAACCCCCCAACUCCCUUCUUCCUCACUUUAUCCCUUCUUUUUUAUAAUAUUUUUUUAAAAAUUUUUAAAGUUUAUUUAUUUUUGACAAAGAGAGUGCAUGAGAG